GUCUAUUACUGGGGAGGUGGAAAAUUUACACCACAAAAAUUAAACAUCUUCAAGGGCGAAGACCGUGCUACACAGGUAUCUGCUGGCAAGACACAUUACGCUGUUGUUACAGUUGAGAAAGGCGUUUUUACCUGGGCUAACACACAAGGUGGCCAACAAAUGGCUGGCCAACUGGGCCAUUCCGAUAAAGCAUCUUACCGGGUUCCGAAGCGUGUUGAAAUCUUUCAUAACGAAGUCAUUAAACAAGCAGUUUGCGGUGAUGAAUUUACUCUCUUUCUUUCAGACAAUGGCGCCCUAUAUUCGUGUGGCUCAAAUUAUUAUGGCUGUUUGGGGCUUGAAGAAAAUGAAGAAAACGAAGAAGACGAUGAUGGUUAUGUUCUAUCUCCAACAGCUAUUGAGCUAUUUAGCAAUAUAAAAAUAUCUCAAAUUACUUGUGGAGAAAGUCAUGUCUUAGCCUUAACAGAUGAUAAGGAGGUUUAUAGCUGGGGCUGCGGAGAAUUCGGUCGUCUUGGCCUUGGUUCUGAAGACGAUUACUUUUCUCCACAAAAGGUAAAGAUAAAUCAAGUUUGCCUUGCAGGCAAAGGAUUAAUAAAAUCAGUCCACUGUGGCUCGGAUUUUUCCUUUCUUUUAACAAUUUCUGGUCGAGUAAUAGCUUUCGGAAAUAAUGAGCAUAACCAAUUAGGCCUUAAUUCAACUAAGAAUACAAUUACGAGAAAUAAACCCCGAGUACGUAAUUAUUUUAAUGGAUCGAAAUUUAAUAAUAUUCUUAAUUUACUAUACGACAUUAAUUAUAUCGCCGCUGGACAAUCACAUGCGGCUUUAAUUGAUAAAUUUGGCCGUCUAAUUACCAUGGGUUCUAACAAAUGUGGGGAAAGAGGAAUCGGAAAUUUUAAACAAACUAUAAAUCCAACUAUUGUUUCAGGAGUAUUAAGUGGUAAAAUCGUUCAUAAGGUAGCCUGCGGUGAUUCUUUUACCGUCAUCGCUACAACAGGAAAUCAAUUGUAUUCUUGUGGCUGGGCAGAAGAUGGCAGGCUAGGCAUUAUAUUACCUCCAUCAGAGAAAGGAGUCAAUAACGGAUGGACUCAUCCUAGACCGAUAUUUGGAUCACUUCAUCACGUAUCGAGCUUAAGCUGUAAUUACUGGCAUACUAUUGUUGUUGCAGGUUAG